AGGAUGUAGUCUUUGCUGAGAGCACUUUCUUUAAGGUCCUUUUAGUCUUCAGGAAUAUUUAAGUAGAUGAAUGAAGAGAGGAUUUAUGCUAAUUUUCCUUCAUUUUUGUUAACUUUGACUGCUUUUUUGUAACUUUUGUCUUCUGCAACAAAAUCUUUUCAGCUCAUCGGGUUUACUGAAUAUAUAAUCACAAGCUGAUUCCAGCCUAUGGAAAAGCAUACAUAAGAGGAUAAAUAUGGCUUUUAAGGGUGAGGACCACUUAGAUUCCCUUCCGUUACCUGUUCAGCGAUCAAGAUGACAAACAUGCAGACAUUGAUGGAACAUACAGACAUAUAAAAUGAAACAGAUGGAAGUUUAUAAUGGAUUUUUUUGAAAGGAAGCUACAUUCGCAACCAAAAAACAAAACAACAACAACAACAAAACAACUUGACAAAAAUAUUCCUAAUAAGAAAGAUAACGUAAGGAUUUUUGGAAAGCAAGAUGCAUUUUCUCCUGCUUAUAAGCUGAAUUAUUUCAAGGACUACACCUUGGAUUUUACUUCUAGAAUGUCAUAUGGUCUCUGUACAGCUGAGAAGAGGUGUUUUGAGAACACUGAAUUUGAGCAAGCUGUAGGAAUAGCAUACUACGGAAGAGAGGACGAUGCUCUGCCAGCAAUGCUAUCAAGUUACCUACCAACGACAAGGAAUAAAUUCAGUUAUAGCAUAGAUCAAGGCACUGAUGGUACCUCAUUUAAUGAACCUGUGUUCUUUUCAUUUUACUUGGUCACCCUAGAACAAUUCAGCGAAGAAUUGUAUAGAUUCAGAAUGGGAGCUUACCUUAUUAUGAACAUGCAUUUAAUUCAGGUGGACUCUGUUCAGCGAUGGAUGGAAGAUUUGAAGCUGAUGACAGACUGUGAAUGCAUGUGUAUUCUCCAGUCCAAACCAAUCAGCAUUGAGAAGGAUGAACAAAAUGAACACAUCCUUUCCUCACAGUAUAGCACAUGCAAUAACUUGCAGCUGCUGUUAAAAAGAGCUUGGAUCAUAAGCACAGAGUUAACCAGGAUUGCUCAAAAACUAGAGAAGAACAGGUGGCAAAGAGUCCACAGCAUGACAGUAAGAGUCAAUUGUCAUGUACGUUCCAUGAUAAAUGAGUACAACACAUUUACUAGAAGUUCUUCAGAAGAAAUGCACCAGUUGGAAAAACUUUUAAUAAACAAGUGUUCAGAAUUUACAGCAUUUACAGAAAGGUGUGUACAAACUGAGGAUGAACAGAUGCUGAGGUCCAUGAAAUCCUGUGUUAAUGAAACGCUCACUACUGUUGCUCAGUAUUUUGGCCAGUUGAUAGAGCUGGUUUUAACACAUGAGGCACAGAACCUUCUGAGACAAAUAGAUUUGUCGGAUAGUGUGUACAUCACUGAGUCAGCGAUUAAUAGCUUGUUCAGCCUUACCCAGGAAGGUGCCCACCUUUGUCGUAUCAUAGCUAAGGAAGGAGGUGUAGUUGCUCUCUUUAAGAUCUGUCGCCAGGAUUGUUUCAGGUGCCUUUAUCCGCAGACACUGAGAACAUUGGCAUCCAUUUGUUGCGUAGAGGAAGGGAUGCACCAGCUGGAAAAGGUUGAUGGGAUACUGUGCCUGACUGACAUUCUUACUGAUAACACCCAUUCUGAAGCCACUCAUGCAGAAGCAGCAGCAGUAAUUGCACAGAUCACAUCUCCACAUCUCACGUUCACUCAGCAUCUCAGCAGCUUUCUGGAAAAUAUGGAAGAAAUUGUAACAGCGCUUGUUAAACUGUGCCAAGAAGCCUCAUCUGGUGAAGUUUUCCUGCUGGCUUCAGCAGCUCUUGCCAAUAUUACUUUCUUUGAUACCAUGGCUUGUGAAAUGCUGCUCCAGUUAAAUGCAAUGAAGAUUCUUCUAGCAGCAUGUUCAGACAAACACAUAGUGGAUACUCCAUAUUCCCGAGAUCAGGUGGUAACAAUAUUGGCAAACAUGUCUGUCUUGGACCAAUGUGCUUCAGAAAUCAUUCAAGGAAAUGGUAUUCAACUUUUAAUGGAAAUGCUCUUUGAAAGGUCGUCUUCAGGAAAUACAGCAGAAGUUGCUGCUUGUGAGCGAGUCCAACAGAAAUCUGCGGUUACACUGGCACGACUCAGUCGAGACCCUGAAGUGGCAGAUGCAGCUGUAAAACUCAGCUGUAUUCCUCGCCUAAUUAAACUUUGCCGAUCACCAACUGAAAGAAAUAACAGUGAUUCUGUUUUAGUGGCAUGUCUGGCAGCCUUACGAAGACUGGCAGUUAUGAGUCCUGAUGGACUUGAAGAUUCAGAUUUUCAGCAGCUAGUUAAGCCCAGACUUGUGGAUUCCUUCCUGUUAUGCACAAAUAUGGAAGAGAGCUUUGUAUAAAUGUGAGCCAAAAGCCUCAAAGCAAGCUAUCCUUUGAAAAACAAUAAAAAUAAUACACAUGCAAUAAGAUAAUACAUAUUCAAUUUUAUUUAGUUUUAGUCCUAUUGUUAUUUAUGACUUAUUUAUUUUAAAACCAUGAACAUGUGGUUCAUGCAAAUUUAUUUCAGUGGCUUGCAGAGGUAAUUUUUUUCAAAUUUUCUUGAUGUACCAAGACAUGUCAAGAGACUAUCAUUGCAAUCUAACAAAAUGUUGUUGUCAUGUUUAGUAGAAUUGAAUUGAGAUAACAAAGCCAAGAAUUUGGUGCUCGUUUUUUAAAUGUUUCUAAUAAUGUUUUAUUGCUGACAUUUUUCUACAGUUACUACAUUUUGCAGUUUUUGGAGAAAUGCGCUAAUUUGAGGCAUUUGUUUUUAGAAGAAAAAUGAUCCUUAACACUGCAAGUAUAUACUUUGAAAUGAAUGGGAUGUUACAGACUGAGUCCAGUUCUUAAUUUUUCUGAUCUUCUAAUAGAAUUAUGAAAAUAUAUAACUGAUUAUCUGGGGAGGAAAAAACAACAAUUUUUUUUUCAAAUAUUGAUUUGUAAUGAUGUUAGAGGACAUUUUAAAGCUAUAUAAUGAUGUGCUGCAUUAUAUAAUACAUAAUUGCAGACAACUUUUAUUUUAUUUGCAUGUACUGAAAUUUCCUAAAGAAUUGAAAGAAUUCUAGAAAAAUCUUCAAGAAAUCAAAUGUAUGUCAUCAGUAAGAAAGUAUCCACAUAAGAUUUAGGAUCAUUACACGUCGAUAAUUUCCCUUCUUUUCCAAGCAUUCCAAGAACUGGAAUUGAGUAUAUUCAGAUGUGUUUUCAAUAUUCAAGCUAUUACUUUUAUGAAAAAUCUUGCAUAAAUAUAUUAAAUAAUCAGAAUAGAUAAUUAUAACUUGAAUUUCCACUUUUUUUUUUUUAACUAGUCUUACAAUUCUAAAGCUGUGAAACAGGACUUUCAAGGGCUCUUGGAGGUGACAAAAGGAGAUUUUUACAAAUAGAUAAGAUAAAGAAUAGAGUUGAUUUUAAAAAUAAACAUUCCUCUUAAAAUUUGACUUUUUCUUUUAAUCAAGAAACUAUAUACAUUUAAAAUUGGUCAACCAUCAAUAUCUUGAGAGUGUUUUCCACCUAGCUUCUCACAAAACACUCUGUAGAUUAUGAAAAUAUGUGUAACUUUUACUUGAUGGCUCACAACUAUUGCUCUGGAUCAUUUUAUGAUCAGGCAACUUUAAGGUACUAGGACAUCUGCCAAAAAAGUAAGUACACUUCUUUACAGUACUUACUUUGUAGAUACAUUAAGCAACUUAAUUCAUUAAUGUUUAUUUAGUAUUACAUGGUGCUUAGAUGAAAGGCACCAGGAAAUUGCUAAACUGUGAUUGCCUUCCAGAUUUUCUUUGUCUGAGAAAUCUGUCCUGCUUCAAGCAGUGAUAAAUGGCGGCUACUUUUUUUCUCCCCUUGAGUAUAUGGGUUAAGAAAUCUGUCUUAACAUUUCUUCCUAGUGAUCUUUUCAUUUAACUAUGAACUUUAUCUUAACUGAAGUUUUAAAAACAUUAGAAAACACAAUGACCUCUGUCAUAAGCAACUACUCAAAGAUAAGGAUUGAAUCAGAUGUUUCACAGAUGUGAUUUCCUAGUAAGAGCAGAGAUAAUUCUGCUUUGUUUGCGUACUUUAAGACAGCUCCUUAAAUGUAUGAAAUUUUAAAGAUGUAUUAUACUGUACAGCGUUCAAAAUAUUACACAAGCAACCAACGUUAACACUUUAUUCACUAAGCAGAAAUGCAUGUAUGAACCAUGCAUGCUUUAAAUUGUAAAAUCAACAUUCUUGAUGUAAACGAGUCAAAACUCAUAAGAAAUGAACUUAAGGUCCUGUUGUUUUCAUGCUGAUAAUCCCUAACAGAAUACAACACAUCAAAUUAUGUUGCUGAAUAUGCUGGGCUGAACCUUAUUCUGCUAGCUGCAACAAACACCAGAAACUAUUUGUUUGUAGACAAGGUAGAGUUUAUCCCGUAUUAUCCCAUAAUAGGUGAUGUUAAAAUCUCAUUAAAAAGAAAAAAAAUAUAUACUUUUGGGCAUGUACAUUCAGAAAAAGGCAGAUAUAAUAUCAUCAAGACAAUGGAAUUGCUUUAUGAGCACUAAAAUGUAUAGUAAAAUUAGGGGAUCCAAAUAACUAUUUACUUGAUACUAUUUAGGAAAGCGGCUGUGGACUACAGAUGUGUUAUGCUGGCACAAAUGGAACUGUCUCUCUUGUGGAAAGGGAGCAUAGGGUGAAUCGGUCUGUUGCUCAUAGAUCAGAAACAUACGUAAAACCGGGGAAAUUUUAGCCCACCCAAGGCAAAAAGACUAAUUCCUUGUCCUUUAGAAGUGCAGCUAAACCAUGAGAUGGUAGCAAGAUUAAAAAUAUAUAUAUAUAUACACACACACUUGUAUGUAUAUUUAUAUAAUAUAUAUGUAUGUUUAUCCCCUAGUCCCCAUUUUUUUAGUAGGGGGAUUGUUAUAAAAGUGUUGUUUAUAUAUUUAUUCAUAUGCAUAAAAAUAAUUUCAGAGUCCAAUCAAGUGUAGCAGAAAAGUAUAAUGUGGCUGCAAUUGGAAAUCAUAACACUAUUUUUCAGUAAAUUUUUCUCUUAGUAAUUACAAAGUCUUUAAAAACAGAAAAACGAAAUGAAUGCACUAGGCAUCAGCACAGUACCAAUUCUCAUGCUAAUCUAUCCUGCAGUCUGAAAAGAGUGUCUAAAAGCUCUGCAGCAACCUGGUUAUUGUUCUUGUGACACCUGGCUUUUGCUGAUGUUAAUAGUGAAUAUAGUAGCACUGUUCUUGAUUGUGUCCUUUCUCCAACAAAUACUUGCUCCACUGAAAGUUGAAUUAGAAAUUAAUGAAAAGAAAUAGUCGUAGAUAUUUUAUAACAGCUUAUUUUAAUUUUUUCUAAGAUAAAGUGCUACAACAAAAAAGAGUGAUUUUUUUUUUCAGCAUUAGUGUGUCAUACAAUGUAGUGUCCACACAUGUAAAGUAAAAUAAAGUAGCUGUUAAGAAAAUGCCAUUAUGACCCAUAACAUUUUAAAGCCAUUUUAAACAGGUCAAAUAUUCAGUGAGCUGGCCAGUAGCAAUGAAAGAGUCUAAUUUGCUCUCAGACACAAAGAUGUGAAUCCAGAUUAAUUGAUUUGACUACAGAUACUCUUAACCUGUAAGUACGUAGCCCGUAUUGUGUGUUUAUAUGUGUUCAUAUUAUAAAUAUGGCUGUUUACUGGAGCAAGACACAUUUAAAUGGAUCUUGUAUUUGUAGCAGAAAAAUAUGUAUUGAAAGAGCUUGUUCAGACCUGCUAUCACCGAAGUGUCAUUGAAACCAUUUUUGCUAGGCAUGAAUUUUUCACUUAAAGUUACGCACUUUAUUUUUAUAUAUGAUAAGAUUUAUGAGAAAAUACUCAUCCCUCUUCGUUUCCCCUUCAUUCAUUAGGAAUUUAAAUGUCAUUUAAAAACACUUAAAUAUUAUUUUAUUACUGCUGGUUGAAUUCUGAAUCAACAGUGUUUGCUUUGAAAGUGACCUUUCAAUUUUUAAAUUAAAAAUAGAAUGGUUUAAGGCAGAAUAAUCAUGUUUAACAUCAGUCUAGUAUAAAACAAAAUAUUUCACAUCAAGAUAUUUGCUAAAGCAUACAGUGUGGAUCAAAAUUAGGACUAAUAUACUAAUUACUAUGUAGUUUGUAGAGUAAGGUAGAGGGUGUCUGUAACAUCUAUAUGUAUAGGUCAGUAUCUGUGGACUCGUUAACCUAUAGAGAGUGCAUGUAAAUUAAAUAUUAGCUUAGUCAUUCUGGAAACUGAAUGUUAUGCUUGUCAGAAAUGUUGUAAUUUCAUUUAAAUCGUUCUGCAAGUUUUACAUUUUGUAUUUUUUUAGAAAUGUUAAACAAACAUGCAGUGAACUGCAGGAUUCUUUGUAACUGAUUUACAUUCUAAUGACUUUGGAAAAUGUGUUCAAAUUUUGGCUUUAGUUUGAACUGUUUACAGAUUUAUGUAGCCCAGGCAUUUUAUUCAUAGAAUAAAUUUUUUCUCAUGUGUUCUGUUUUUAGUACAUGAAUCAUUUAUGUGGGAUGUUAUUUGUCUGACCUGUUUAUAAUAUUUGUAUCUAAAAGGGACAAGAUAAUGUCUUGGUAAAUUGGAUGACUUACCUACAUGUAGAGUGAAUUUGUUCAUCUGAGUUGGAAGUGCUUAUCUGGUGGUGAAGUGGGUGAAUAGUUUCAGUCCUUGACAGAUAAAGAACCAGGAACAAAAAUAACACGUCAUGUAUUUUAGAAAUGCAU